AUGCCAAACUCAGGCCCCGAUGACUCCAUUAUGGCUGUCAAUUGUGAUCGUCUCAGUUGUCUACCUCGAGCUCUCGAAGAGAUCCCAAAAUAUCAUAAAGCACUUCCUAUUCAUACAUUGCGCGGCCACUACAAAGCAAUCCUCCACCUGAGCACUACCAAGCGAAACAGAACCAAUAUACAAAACACCGAGUCCUCCAAAGAACAUAACCGCGUCAACAUGUCGCCCAAGUCCUUCAAGUCCACCACCACCAUGGACAGCGCCUCAACACACACAACAUCCUCCACAACCUCGACGCUCAAGGGCAUGUUCACAAGGUCACUGAAGCUGAAGGCCGCCGAGAAGGCGCCUUCAGAUCCUAAGCUUCCAAGCAAGAAGUCACCAGUGAAGGACUACACCGCUGCAGCCGUUCACCACGAGGCUGUUGCUCAGUACCUGGCCCUUCGGUGA